CCCGCGCAGCAGCGGCUCGGAACCCCCGGCCACAGCCUACCCGGAUCGUUUUCAGGUGUUACUCUAAGUCCACGAUCUGCGAUUGGGCAGCGUAGACGGGGCACUUCCGGUACCCGGGUGCCUGGGUUCUCGGCAGGAAGCGCAAAAUGGAGCCCGGCUCCGCGGCCCGCGCUUGGUCUCUCCUGUGGCUGCUGCUGCCCUUGCUUGGCCCGGUCUGCGCUAGCGGUCCCCGCACCUUAGUGCUGCUGGACAACCUCAACCUGCGGGAGACGCACUCGCUUUUCUUCCGAAGCCUGAAGGACAGGGCUUUUGAACUCACGUUCAAGACCGCAGAUGACCCCAGCCUGUCCCUCAUUAAGUACGGGGAGUUCCUCUAUGACAAUCUCAUCAUCUUCUCCCCUUCGGUGGAAGAUUUCGGAGGCAGCAUCAACGUGGAGACCAUCAGUACCUUUAUUGACGGUGGAG